UUCCGGCUUUCCCCACCUUUUUUUCCUUUUUGGUUCCUUCCCCACCUUCCUCACUCUCUCUCCGCUCCGAUUUCAGCCCUUUCAGCACCCUUAAUUUUAUUACUCAUUUUCCUGUUUACUGUAUUUUUCUAAUCAAUUUCGUCUAAGCGUUCAACACAACAAAAGCUUUUUCCAAUUUCAAUUCUUUCGACCGGCGUUGAAGAAGAGACAUGGAUCUCUCUUCGAAUGUACUCGACGAAGCCCUAAGAUUCGACAAUGCAACUACAGGUUUAUGUUCCGGGAGAGUCGUACUCAUUGAGGAUUGCGUUGAGACCAACGGAGCUUUCGUUCUUCACCACUUGAUAAAACGUGCCUUAUCUCCCACCAGCUCUGGUGUUGUGCUCUUUGUCGCCUUUGCACAACCCUUCUCUCACUACGAGCGUAUCUUAAGAAAACUUAGCUGCAACUUAGUCGCUCACAGGGAGAAUGGUAGAUUCUUUUUCUUUGACAUGCUUAAGCUGGAUUAUCCUGAUGAAGAUGUAGGAAAAAGUGAUCAAGAUCGAGUGAUUGAUUUGUAUGGGAAAAUCCAAAAAACUUUGGAAGUUAUUGUAUCACCUGAAUACAACAAGAGCUGCGUUACCAUUGUGAUUGAUGAUAUAUCUCUUAUGGAGGUAGCUGCGAAUGGAACUUCAAAUAAUGUCAUAGACUUUCUGCAUUACUGUCACACCUUAACCUCAGAACUUGGUUGCUCACUGGUAAUACUUAAUCAUGAGGACAUCUAUUCAGACAUGAUGGGCCCUACACUAAUUUUACACAUGGAAUAUCUUGCUGAUGUUGUGAUAAAGGCAGAGCCUUUGGUUACUGGUUUGGCUACUGAUGUGCAUGGACAGUUGACUGUUAUUAACAAGGGAAUAAUUGAUGAGCAGAGGAGUUUGAGGAACAGAGUAUGUAAUUUCCACUUCAACAUCAAAGAAAAUAGUGUUGAGUACUUCUAUCCAGGGAGUCGAUCCUGAGAAGGCUUGAAGCCAUAGAUUCCUGCAUGACAUUCAUGUAUUCAUAUGAUCAUAUAAUCAAAUGUUUAGUUAUAAAUGAAAGUUACAACUUUUCUCUUUUCA